AUGGAACACAGCCAGAUGGACCCGCAUGUGAGAUAUUCGUCGGUCGAUGCAAGGCUCAAUACUCCCCGUAUCUCAAUCUCUCUCGAGUGCCCCGACUAUUUUAAAGGUCAACUCGUCCCAGGCUUGCAGGACGGGAUUGUAAUCAGAUUCCACCGAGACCAUGAUGGCUAUGAUGAGCGAUGUAUUUUCCAGUGGUUCUCACGGGCAGAUGCGUUUGGACCAGGGGGGCUCCGCCUGUUGCGUCAUACGCCAAACGGUGCGACUGAGGAGGUCGAGCUCCCCGCGGACACGGAGGAAAUCGACCUCAGUCCGUCAAAAACUAUAGAGGAUGAUCUAGAGCUCGGGCCUGGUGGCAGCUACUGGACGUACGUCGUUAUUCCGGAUUACUACCGCGCAGCCAUGACGCUGGGAGAAAAAUACACUUUGGUCUGGCCUGGCAAGAAGAUCUCCCGCUGGCGCUGGGGUACCCUUAAGGAGCACCAGGACAAGUCGUGGGAUCUAUCGUCGAGCCCACUUACGAUCCCUGGCGGUCCUUCGGUAUCGUUUGAUGCGGUCGCUGAGCGACCGACAGAACGGGCAAUAUCGCCACCGCCGAUAGACCCUUCUGAGAGAAUUCCCGGAGCACCGAUUCUCAGUACUACCGUGACAGGUCCAAGCCAGGAGCCCAUACAUGGAAGAUUUAUGAUUUCUCAAAAGGUGACAUAUCAUGGCGUCUUGGGUACGGAUGGAGAAAUAGAAAAGACAAGGCCUAUUAUUUUCCGCACAUAUGCUCUAGUUGUGGAGGGCAGCCGACUUCACCGGCGCUGCGAUGAUGGUGAAUGGCAGGUCAGCGACAUUGAUGAAGACUGCGGCAUAGGGGGCUGGAACCCAGUUGAACCUGAAGAUGUUGAAGUGAUGGAUAUCAGCGAAAGCGAUCAGUUUGUGAGCCUGCAGCCGGGAGGCUCGUGCACCGUGGCAACAUCGUCCUGGUCUGAGGUGAUCCCAUCGGACAGAGUCGUUGGCGACGUGUUUCGGUAUCAGCAUAAAGGAGGCAUGAUUGACUGGUGGGCUUGGGGAAGCGCUGAGGACCACGCAGAUACGGUGGUGAGGAUCUCUGUUGGGCCGGAAUUUGACCCCCCUAGUCAGGAGCCGAAACUGAUGGUGCCUGCUUCUAAUCUGUUGGACAUUACGAUUGUGGAAUGA